AUGCUCAGUGUUCAAGACACCACAGCCCGUGCCCGCGUCCUUCAUCCUCCUGGUGCAAUGGGGCGCCUGAGACCCACCGCGCAGGUGUUGGGAGGAGACAAUGCUGUCCCUGGAGGCCUUGUUACCAAACUCCACAGAGGACCUCGAACCCUCAGUGAAACGUCCUCUCCCGGGUCCCCGCUACUAAGUCUCACCAGGGUUCUGUCCCCACAGGUGGAGGAGUUCGAACAGGACAUUCCCCAGGACUUGGGGCCACUGCAGUUUGUGAAGUUGCACAAACACCACUCCCUGGUGGACGAUGCCUGGUUCUGCGACCUCAUCACAGUCCGGGGCCCUGAACCCUGCCAGGAGGCCGCCUUCCCCUGCUACCGCUGGGUGCAGGGCGAGGGCGUGCUGACCCUGCCUGAGGGCACCGCCCGUCUGGCAGGAAACAAUACCUGGGAUGUGUUCCAGAAGCAUCGAGAACAGGAACUGGAGGAAAGACAGCAAAUCUACUGCUGGGCCACCUGGAAAGAAGGGUUACCCCUGACAAUAGCUGCAGGCAGUAAGGAUGAUCUACCUGUAAAUAUGAGAUUCCACGAGAAGAAGAAGCUGGACUAUGAAUGGACAGUGAUUGCAGGGAUUAUGGAGAUUGCCCUCAAAUACGUUUAUGCCCUCCCGAGAUCCUGGAACAGCCUAGAAGAUUUUGAUGAAUUAUUCUGGGGACAAAAGACUGCCCUGGCUGAGAAGGUUCAAAAGUGCUGGCAGGAUGAUGAGCUUUUUGGCUACCAGUUCCUCAAUGGGGCCAACCCCAUGCUAUUGAGACGCUCCACCUCUCUGCCCUCCCGACUGGUAAUGCCCUCAGGGAUGGAGGACCUUCAGGCCCAGUUGGAGAAAGAACUCCAGAACGGUUCCCUGUUUGAGGCUGACUUCAUCCUACUGGAUGGAAUUCCAGCCAAUGUGGUCCAAGGAGAGAAGCAGUACCUGGCUGCCCCCCUUGUCAUGCUGAAGAUGGAACCCAGUGGGAAGCUGCUACCCAUGGUCAUCCAGCUCCUGAUCCCACACACACGGUACACAAUGGAAAUCAACACCCGGGCACGAACUCAACUCAUCUCAGAUGGAGGUUUAUUUGAUAAGGCAGGAAGCACAGGUGGAGGGGGGCAUGUGCAAUUGAUCCGCCGGGCCAUGACUCAGCUGACCUACCGCUCCCUCUGUCCUCCGGAUGAUCUGGCUGACCGGGGCCUGCUGGGAAUCCCAAGUGCCCUCUAUGCCCAUGAUGCUUUACGGCUCUGGGAGAUCAUUGCUCGGUACGUGGAGGGGAUCAUCCACCUCUUCUACCACGGGGAUGACGUCGUGAGAGGGGAUCCUGAGCUGCAGGCCUGGUGUCGGGAGAUCACUGAGGUGGGGCUGUGCCAGGCCCAGGACCGAGGUUUCCCUGUCUCUUUCCAGUCUCGGGUUCAGCUCUGUCAUUUCCUUACCAUGUGUAUCUUCACAUGCACUGCCCAGCAUGCAGCAGUCAACACGGGCCAGUUUGACUGGUUUGCCUGGGUCCCUAAUGCCCCGUGCUCAAUGCGGAUGCCUCCACCCACCACCAAGGAAGAUGUCACAAUGGACACAGUGAUUGGCUCACUACCUAGUACCUGGCAGACCAGUAUUCAGAUGUUUCUUCCAUGGCUCCUAAGCCGGCCACCAGCAGACAUGGUACCACUGGGGCAUCACCAAGAAGAGUAUUUCUCAGGUCCUGAGCCCAAGGCUGUUUUAAGGCAGUUUCAGGCUGAUCUGGACAACCUGGAAAAGGAAAUUGUGGCCCGGAAUGAGCAGCUAGACCUUCCCUAUGAAUACCUGAAGCCCAGCCUCAUAGAGAGCAGUAUCACUAUCUGA